AUGGCGCCCAACGUCUUACUGGCUGCCAAAAAGGCAACCUGCCCCUGGGAAUGGCGCAUAUUCAGUUCCAAGGACCAACCCGGCAAGCAUCAAAGACUAUAUUUUGGCCAACAACCAAUUAAAGGCAUCUACUCAGUCGCAGCCAACAACAAGCACUACCUCGUAGCCAUCAAGCCAAACAGAAGCCCCGAUGUCGAUGGCAUUUUCAGAAAGAACACGCGCAAGAACAUCUGCCAAAGGACACCCUUCGUUGACUCCAACACCAAGUCGGGAAAUGAGGGUGCAGUGACGCCCGGGCAAGAGACAGCUACAGAGGCCAGAUCAAUGACAUAUGAUGGCAACUCAAAAGCAUCUGAAAUCAGCAUAAAGAGCCGACUGACUGAGUCGGCCAACGGAGAUAGCAAGACAAGCAAUAGCACUAAGUCGAGCACUUCAAUAAGCUUUGUCCAAAGCCCAGUUGUACAACCGAACAAGGAGAUCCACACCGUGGAAUAUACAUUAAACAAGAAGGGUACCUUCCCGCACCAGAAAUCGCCAUCCAGUAAGGAGACGAAGGGUUACAGACGCCGCUUCAUGUCACCGCCGCUAGCAACGAUAGCGAAGCCGAACAGUCAAAAGAACAACACUACGAGGAAGACAACUGGAGUGCAGAAGAUUGAUCUCAAUGGCUACAGAUUCCUCGCUAAGCCACUUGAGAUCGAGUUCAAUGCUAUCACCAACCGGCUGAUGUUCCGCGCCGAAGUCGAGGCGCGGAAAGCUGUAGGACUUUUGUGUAGGACCACGAAGUGUGAGUGUCAGGGAAAAGGUGGUGCUACGUGCGGGAAUACUGUCAGGAAGGAGAUGUUUGUUCUGGAUGAUAGUCUGAGUUGGAUCGUUCUUGAGAGGGAGAGGAAGCACCCGUACAAGGAGGGCGAGGCGCUCUACAUGAUCGAUGAGUACGGAGAGGGCAUGAUGCGCCAGAGUGCGAGGGAGGCGAGGUGCAGCGAGAUUAGGAUCCAGAUGAUGAAGGGCAAGUUUGUGGUUGCCGAGGAUGAGGAUCGUUACGCGCUUCUUCUGAAGUAUUUAGGGCUUGAGUUUGGAAGUUUGGAUAUCUAA